AUGAUCAAAAAUCCAGCCGAGUUAGCGAAAUUCAUCAGAAAUUCGCCAAUUUCCGGACAAGAAAAGUCGAUUUUGCAAGACUACAGUAAUCAAGGACUUAUUCAAUGUAAGUUUCGGGCCUUUUUGGGGGCCCGAGGCUUUUGGGGGGGGCCAAAAAGCCUGAAAAAAUCCCAAUUUUACAGACCCGUUCAGCCCGAUGAACUUCCUCGGCUCAAUUCAAUCAUUAGUCGGUCAAGUCUUCGGCGGUUUCAUGCGUCUUCCAGCAUUCGCCCAAAUUUUCGGCCCAACAGACACUCGUGUGGCCGAAGUCCAAACCGCGGCCGAGAAAACCAAACCAAAAAUUUCGGCCAGCCAGGAAUAA